GUGGACGCUUGCCUUCCGACAUCCUGCCCUCACUCGUUCGUCCGCUAUCGGAACUGUGUUCAAACUAUCUGCUUGUGUUUCUGAUUUAGCAUGCCUUUCGGCGAGGUCGUGUGCGGCUCGCCCGGGAGCGGCAAGUCGACCUACUGUUACGGCAAGCAUCAGCUCUUCACCGCUCUUAAUCGACCCAUUUCCGUCGUCAACCUUGACCCCGCAAACGACAACAUACCAUAUCCAUGCGCAAUUGACGUCUCUCAACUUAUCACCCUCAAGGACGUCAUGGUGGAACAUGGGCUCGGACCGAACGGCGGCAUGCUCUACUGCAUGGAGUACCUCGAAGCGAACUUCGACUGGCUCGAGGACAGGCUGCGGGAGCUAGGCAAGGACGCCUACGUGCUGUUUGACUUGCCUGGUCAGGUGGAGUUGAGCACGAACCACGACAGCGUGAAGAACAUCGUGCACAAGCUGACGAAGAGCGGCUUUCGGCUAGCCGCGGUCCACCUGUGCGAUGCGCACUAUGUGACGGACGCACCAAAGUAUAUUUCCGUUCUGAUGCUGUCGCUGCGCGCGAUGCUGCACCUUGAGCUGCCGCAUGUCAAUGUGCUCUCGAAGGUCGACCUCAUAGCGCAAUACGGUGACCUCGACUUCAAUCUCGACUUCUACACCGAGGUCCAGGACCUCUCGUACCUCGAGAACGCACUAUCUUCGUCCACACCGCGUUUCAAGGCACUCAACCUGGCCAUAUGCUCUCUAAUCGAGGACUACGGGCUCGUAGGGUUCGAAACCCUCGCAGUCGAAGACAAAGAUUCUAUGUUGCACCUCAUGCAUGUGAUUGACAAGGCGACAGGCUGCGUCUUCGUUCCACCGCCAGACGCACAGCAGCCGGAAGGCACUUUCGACGCGCACGACGCACCCAGCUCACAACGACCAAAUGCAUACGGACUCUUCACAAGUGCCGCGGCUACGAUUCAGGGCCCGAAAAGCGACGUGCGUGAUGUCCAAGAGAGAUGGGUUGACGCGCGGGAAGAGUGGGACGCCUGGGAGAAUGCUCAGUGGAGGCGAGAGGGACAGACGGUGCAAGAGGCAGCACAAAAGAGUAAGAUCAGGCAGAGGAGCACCGGAGAGAAGACAUAGCCCUGGGCGUCGUGAGUUUGAAUUAUGGAAUGUACAGUAUCGGUUUGUGCGAGGGCGUCGCUGACCAAUCCGUCUUGAGCUUGGACAUAUUACGUCUGCAUCAAGUUCGUGAUGCCUUCGCUGUCAGUACGACCACUGCACUAUGGGUGACAUCUGCCAUGUGCACAAAAGGCACAUCAGUAGUCACUGACGUGCAUGCUCUCCUAACAUACUGUGCGCACGCGGAUAAAUGCGUCGCAUCCGAUGUGUCCCCUGCCUUACAUACAGUCUAAUACAAGUAUGCAGUUGCUUUCACGGAGGUACGGUAGCUUUCUGCACUCAGAAUAGGUAGUACUUAGACCCUGCAAAAUACAGUGCUACACCGUCACGUC